GCAGGUGUGAGUUGGGGUGUGGGCCAGGUCUCACAGGCAGCAGCAGGCUUUAGAGGACCCUGAUGGAGGCCGAGGAACAGGAGGAAGACUCCAGCUCCCUCUCAAAUGACAAAUCAGAGACUAACUCACGCCACUGCCUCCGCUACGUGCCCCUUGGGAUAGCCUUUCUUGUGCUGGCUGGAGCUGCUGCAGCAACCUGGUAUUUCCUAGACUACAGACCAUGGCACCUGGAGCCAUCCAUCCUGCAGUUUUACUGUGGCAGCCUCCAGGUCCUCAACCGCCGGUACUCCCCGGACCUUGGGCAGGUGGAGUCCAGAGCCUUCUGGGUGGAGUCAGCUAAGCUCCAGAACAUGCUGAAGGAACUGAUUCGUGCCACAGAGCUGGGUCGGUACUACAACUCGAGCACGGUGUAUGCCUUUGGGGAGGGAGCUCUGACCUUCUUCUUCUGGUUCACCCUCCAAAUCCCUGAGAGUCAGCAGAAGGAGGCAACUGCUGAGAGGGUAAACACAGUGCUCCACCAAGAGCUCUCCACCAGCUUCAACAGCUCGGGCAGCCUGUCCUACCAGACAGAGUACAGGAUCAACCCCGACUCUCUGGUUCUCCUGGAAUCCAGCGUGAAAGACAUAGUAGUGCUGAAAUCCACUCUGGGUUGCUACAGGUACAGCUAUGUCCAGGACGAUGACAUCCUUAGGCUGGAGGGCCCUGACUACCUGGCCUCCAGUUGUCUUUGGCACCUCCAUGGCCUCAAGGGCUACAUGAUCAAGCUACGCCUGGAGUGGACUCUGCCUGACUGCAGGGACCGCCUGGCAAUGUACGACGCAGCUGGGCCCCUGGAGAAACACCUCAUCACCUCGAUCUACGGCUGCAGCCGGCAGGAGCCCAUUGUGGAAGUCCUUUCAUCUGGCCCUGUCAUGUCCAUUGUGUGGAAGAAAGCCAUGUACAGCUACUAUGACCCCUUCAUCCUCUCAGCCCAGGCAGUGCCCCUCGAAGCUUGUGAGGUGAACAUAACUCUGCGGGAGAGCCUGGAGCUGCAGGGGAAGAUCGGCACCCCACACUACCCCAGCUACUACUCGCCCAACACGCAGUGCACCUGGCACAUGAUGGUCCCAUCCCUCGACUAUGGGGUCACCCUCUGGUUCGAUGCCUACGCACUCAGCAGACAGAAGCAUGACCUGCCCUGUACCCAAGGCCAAUGGAUAAUUCAGAACAGAAGGUUGUGUGGCCUGCGGACCCUGCAAGCCUACGCUGAGAGGAUCCCAGUCACAUCUUCUGCUGACAUCACCAUCACCUUCACCUCCCAGAUCUCCUUAACCGGCCCUGGUGUACAGGCAGCUUACAGCCUGUACAAGCAAUCUGACCCCUGUCCUGGGGAGUUUCUGUGUUUGGUGAACGGUUUGUGUGUCCCAGCCUGUGACGGGAUCAAAGAUUGCCCCAAUGGGCUGGAUGAGAGAAACUGUGUGUGCCCUGCAAAGUUCCAGUGCCGUGAGGACAGCACUUGCAUUGAGUUCAGCAGGGUCUGCAACCAGAAGCUGGACUGUGUCAACGGGAGUGAUGAAGAACACUGCAGUGGAGGGGUCCUCUGCGGUCCUUUCACCUACCGCUGUGAAGAUGGGACCUGUGUGAAGAAACCCAACCCCCUGUGUGACACCACUGCAGACUGCAAGGACCUGUCUGAUGAGAAUCACUGUGACUGUGGAAUGCAAGCCCCUCUCAGCAGGAUUGUGGGUGGUAUGAAUUCUGUGGAAGGGGAAUGGCCAUGGCAGGCCAGCCUGCAAGUUCGGGGCCGCCACAUCUGUGGGGGAACACUCAUUGCUGACCGCUGGGUGGUCUCAGCUGCUCACUGCUUCCAGGAUGAGAGGCUGGCCUCCCCCUCCAUCUGGACCGUGUACUUGGGCAAAUACUUGCAAAAUGCCACCGGCCAUACAGAGGUGUCCUUCAAGGUCAUCCAUCUCUUCCUCCACCCUUAUUACGAGGAGGACAGCCAUGAUUAUGAUGUGGCCCUGCUCCAGCUGGAUCAUCCAGUGAUCAUCUCGCCCUUAAUCCAGCCCAUCUGCUUGCCUGCUCCUUCUCACAUCUUUGAGCCCGGCCUUCAUUGCUGGAUCACUGGCUGGGGAGCCCUGAAGGAAGGUGGGCACAUCAGCAAUGUUCUGCAGAAGGUGGACGUGCAGCUCAUCCAGCAGAACAUCUGCAGCGAGGCUUAUCACUACAUGAUUACUCCCAGGAUGCUGUGUGCUGGGUACUACCAGGGAAAGAAGGAUGCCUGCCAGGGUGAUUCUGGAGGUCCACUGGCCUGCAAAGAACCCAGUGGCAGAUGGUUUCUGGCUGGUCUGGUCAGCUGGGGAAUGGGAUGUGCACGUGCAAAUCACUAUGGAGUAUACACCAGGAUCACUCAAGUGCUGGGCUGGAUGAACCAAACCAUGAGCUGAGAAAAGUGCAUCUCUCUAUCUCUGUACAUCAUCUGAUGUAUCCCCAUCACACCUACACUCACAUGGUACUCAUUCCUGAUCUUGCUCACUUGCCUCUCAGAGAGAGUGUGGGAUGUUGUCAGACCCAGGAUGCUCUUCUGAACAGGGUAAAAAAGGCUGCUGCAGGGAUUGUAGAGAAAAGCAGGCAGACCCUCUUCCCCAUUAGUACUUCCCAGGGAGCAUCCCAAGGGGUUUUUUGGCCAUCCAUCCAAAAGCGGGGAGAAGAGAGGCAGGUGAGGGAGUUGGGGGGCGAUGACAUGAAACACAGCAAUAGUCCCAAGCUGAUGGUUUCUGAGAAGAGGACUAAGGGGAGCUGAACUUUCCAUGAACCAUGUGAUUCAGCCACAGUCUUAUGCUGGAACAUUUGCUGAAAGAAAAUGUGACUGAUGUAGUUAGAGAUUCCAGUAACUGUGAAAUCAAUCUGCCUCCCUCUUCCUUCCUGCUGCUUAUCCUUCAUCCCCCUUCCCCUCCCAUCACUCCUCCUCUUCCAUCUCCCUAAUUGCUUCUUUUCUUAGCUGGCGUGUGCUGUUCAGUGUGCUGUUCAGCUCAGCCAGGCAACUCUUCACGUCUCACUGACUCCCAGGCAUGAGUCCAGCAUCGCACCCCCAAGCACGUGUCCUGCCUCCCUGCUGGAGCAGCACCCAGCCUCCACUGCUGCACUUCCCCCAGUAAAAAUGCUGGAGCAGACUCCCACCCCCUUCCCUCAG